CGGGAGGCAGAGGAGGAUCGGGAGGAGAUGAUGAUGGUUGGAGAAGGAGGAGGAGGGGCAACCCGAGCGGUGCAUGCAGUGCGAGUCUCCUAUCCAUGUUGACAUGUCUGAGGAACUGGCCGAGUUGGCAGUGGCACGGGGGGUCAAGCAGCUAGGCGUAGGGUGGGAUAUGGAGUUCGGACGCCUGAGGGCAAGUCAGGAUAGAAAGGGGCGCUGGAUCAGCUACAGCCACGUGCAAUUCGGGUACCCUGUCGGCGAGUGGUUGCUAGAGCAGAAGCAACGCGCCGAACUUGGCCUCCUAGACCAGGAGAGAAUUGCGAGGCUGAGGGGCGCUGGCGUGCUCAUGACGAUUGGGCAGCUUGGCGAGAAGUUCGAUGUCGGGCUUGAUGUUCUCAAGAAGUACGUAGACAAAAACGGGCCAGGAUACAUAAGCCUGACCGCCAAGGGAGAGUGCGGCUUCAAGCUUGGGCAGUGGGUCCGGUCGAUGCGACAUAAACAGCAUCAAGGCUGUCUGACCGAGAACCAGUCGGCGCAGUUGGGCAAUGCCUUGAAAGGGUGGACGGCGUCGCAUGUUCCGACUCAGAGGCUCGCGGAGCAUCCGGACGAUGAAGAGGCUCGCGAGCUCACGCUGAGGAUCGAAAAGGAGUUGAAGUCGCUCAAGAUGAAAGACGUCAAGGAGCGGAGGAAGAUUUUCAGGUCGCUCGUCAUGGAACACCAUCCAGAUGUUUCGCAUGAGAAGCACGCGGACAAGGCCAUCAAGUAUCUGUCGGAUGUCAAGGACUGGUUCCUGACGGGCUGACCCGCGCCGCCGCCCGCCACGGGACGCUGGCGACCGCGGCCACCCGCCACCCGCGGCGAACGGCCGCAUCGCCCGCGUGCGGCCGCGGCCGCCGAGGCCCGUCGUCGCUCGCUCGUAGUCGUCGUCGUCGGCGGUAGCCGCCGCGGCUGGGCGCGCCGCGCGCCGGCACGGCCCGAGCGCCGGUGGCCCUGACGGUGGCGGGCGGGGCGCGCGUGCCGCCAGGCAGUGGCUGCGCGGGAGUUGCGUGGCCGUGGCGCGGGUGGUCUCCUUCGGCGGCGAAGUCCGAAUCCUACCCUCGCCG